AUGGAAGCCGUAGGGCAGAGUGUUGAGAGCGGUGUUGACGAAACGGGUGGUGCUGGUUAUAUUGGAAGAGCCACUGAUGUGUCCAACCCGGGACCGUCAAGUUAUCUCGGCAAGGAAAUCGAGAUCAGGUUCACAGUCCCCCGCGUCGCUGUCCCCCUGCAAUGCCAAGACAAGCCGAAAGCAGACCAACACAAAGCCAGUGGGGCCUAG